AUGGAGGCGGAUAUUUCAGUAGCGAGUUCUGUGAAGCAUGGCCUCGGCGUAGUCACCUUCGAAGAGGCGCUGGAUGAAGAUUUGCGCCCCGUUUUCGUUCUUGACCUAACGCGUCUCGCCCCCGUCGAGAAUGGGCCACUGUAUCCACUGUUUUGCAAUCGAGCGCUCGCAGAAAACAAACAGCUACAUGAUAGCGUUCUCGGGUUCUCAACCGACAAGUCCUCCGAGGAACGACCUGAAGAAUACCAGCAAUUUCGGGAGUGGAUAUCCCGCUUGCGUGGCACCCAACUUCCAGGGCACAGUUCCCAUGCAGGCUUCCGGUACGACGGGGUCUAUUGGACUUCUUCCAUGGUUCGCGGUCGCUACCAAAUCGUCUCCGGAAAUGUCUGCGAGCAUACUCCGGCCGUCACGCUGACAGGAUCGGCAGCGAAAGUCGUGGUCGAUCUCCCCAGGGACGAGCUAGCCAGAGACCAGAGCAAGGCUGACAAUCAUGGAUCAGUCACGACCCAUGGACUUGUCCCUAACGUCUCCUUCGAUGCUGGCGACGCCAUUGUACCAUCGAGGAUUCCGCGUUCGGUUGCUGCUUCGAGACGGUACGACCCAAAGCCUCCUCCGUCGGUGGAAGACGAAAAGGUGAUGAUCCCGCAACGGUUAUCAGCGAGUAUGUCGACGGAUUGGACAGCACCAGACCCGCUGGGAGUCCUCACACCACAUGAGAUAUUCGCGCGGAACACUGAUUGGGCGUCGACACCUUUAGGACCAAUGUCGAGUUGGUCUCCCGAAUUUCGCGAAGUGGUCAAUCUUCUCAUGCGCAACCCGCAUCCAGCGACACUGUUCUGGGGUGAAGAACUAACCAUGGUUUACAAUGACGCAUACCGGAUAGAGGUGGCUGGGAACAAGCACCCAAGGUUGAUGGGUAGUGGCUUCUUCGGACCUUUCGCGGAGCUGUGGGAGAGCGUUAGACCCAUCUUCCAGGAAUGCGCGCGCACGGGCAAAAGCAUCCGGAAGGAGAAUGAUAGACUACUCAUCGAGAGGUACGGCUACCUCGAGGAAACAUUCUUCUCCUGGUCUUGGACGCCGCUGUAUGGCGGGACUGACCGCAUUUUGGGCUUCUACAACGCCCCGUUUGAGACCACAUAUCAGACUGUUGGCAGUCGCCGUAUGGAGACCCUAAGGCAUCUUGGUGAACGAGUUGCUCCAGCAAGAUCAGUGAAACAGUUCUGGAGGGAUGUUCUGAUCGCUCUGGAUGCGAACCCCUACGAUAUCCCCUUUGCAUCGCUGUACUCGAUCACAGAUUCUGAUGGAAGCGAUGCAUGCUCCGUCUCCUCUGGCGGCGUUGUUACAUCGAAAACGUGCGCGUUAGAGGGAACCAUUGGUGUGCCCGAUAAUCACCCUGCUGCGUCGCCAGAAAUUGACCUAUCCGGCAGUGAUGGAUUAGUUCCUUGUUUUGAAGAAGCGAUACGCACCCGCGAGCCUGUGGUUCUGCGAGUCACUGACGGAAACCUACCGGACUUCUUGCUUGAAGGAAUCAGCUUCCGAGGAUUUGGAAUACCAUCGAAAGAGGCUUUGGUUGUUCCAAUUCGCCCAACAAGUGGACAGAACACAACAGCUCUCCUCAUGAUCGGACUCAACCCACGGCGACAGUAUGAUUCCGACUAUCGGACUUUCAUCACCAUGCUCAACCGACAGCUGGCGUCCUCAUUGGCUUCGGUGGUACUCCUGGAGGACGAGGCGAGGAGGAAUCGGACUGCCGCCGAGGUCGCUGCUCUUCAGCGCGAGCAAUUGACGGAACAGCUUGCUCUGCAAACGAGUCGACUGCGCCGAAUGACCGAGUUUUCGCCAUUUGGAAUGAUGCUUGUGAGUCCAGAUGGCGUGCUUCUAGAAGGGAAUGAUCGCUAUUACGAAAUGACCAAUCACUCGAGAGACAUUGCAUUCGAAAUGUCCUUCAUGGAUACGGUCGCCGACGCAAGCAAAUCGGAUGCAAUCACUAUGUGGGUCAAUGCGAUGCGGGAUUUGAAGCCCACUACAGGCGAGAUACAGCUAAGCAACAACUACAACACUGAGAUUAACGAAUUGACUGGCAGACCUAUUGAUUGCUGGGUAUUGGCAUCUGUUGUACCUGAAAUCGGACCCGACGGCACACUGAGGUCAGUGUUGGCAUGCAUCACCGACAUCUCACACAUGAGGUGGGCCCAAGGCCUUCAAGACCAGCGGCUACGUGAAGCCGAAGAAACAAAACGACAGCAGAACGCAUUUAUCGAUAUCACCUCACAUGAGAUGAGGAAUCCACUAAGCGCAGUGCUCAUCUGCGCAGAUGAUAUCCGCGACACGCUGACGGAGCAUCACUUCUCUAGAGACGACGCAGAAGUUGUCAAAAGCUGCAUCGAAGCUGCCAGUACCAUCGCGCUAUGCGUGCAGCAUCAGAAAUCGAUCGUCGAUGACAUCCUUACAAUCUCAAAGUUGAACUCGAAUCUGUUGGUGAUCUCGCCCAUGCCUACAGAACCCGUUCGAAUUAUUCAGGAAGCAAUGAGCAUGUUCAGAAAUGAGGCCAACGCGAAAGAGAUCGACAUGAGCCUGCACCUUGAUCCAUCCUUAGAGGAUCUGAAUAUUCAGUGGCUGAUGCUUGAUCCCGGGCGUCUGGUACAAAUGACCAUCAAUCUGAUCACGAAUGCCAUCAAAUUCACCAAGCAGUCACCGAAGAGGUCGAUAUCAGUGUUUUUGGGUGCCUCUCUGAGCCCUCCUGUAGCAACCAGAAAUGGUUUCCAGUAUGUGCCAACCAGAGAAGCACAUGUCGACGUCGCAAGUGGCAAGGAGUGGGGAAACCACGAGCUUGUUUAUUUGCGCGUCAAGGUGGCCGACACAGGUUGUGGCCUUACUGAAGAGGAAAAGCAGAGGCUCUUUGAACGAUUUGCGCAGGCCUCUCCACGCACACACGCACACUAUGGUGGCAGUGGCCUCGGGUUAUUCAUCUCUCGGCAGCUUGCGGAGCUACAUGGGGGCCAAAUAGGAGCAGCGUCAGAGGCCGGCCAGGGCAGUACUUUUGGCUUCUUCAUACAAUGCCGAAAGACCUUUGAUCCUGUGGUCAUCAAUGGCACAGUCAUGCCGGCAACACUUGACCCAAGCCAGCGAGUAGGAGAUAUCAAGGCGGAGAUAGCUGCUCACGAUACUCGACUUGAAUCUACGGCACAAGACGUGUUGAUGGCCGAGUCACAAUCAACUGUCGAUAUUAUCAAGUCAAGAGAGCUUCACGUGCUUGUGGUGGAGGACAACCUCGUCAACCAGAAGCUUCUCAGGAAAGGCCUGGAAAAAAUGGGCUGCACAGUGAAUACUGCAGACAACGGCGUUGUUGCCCUACGAUAUCUCGAAACGACUGAGCUGUACCAACCGGGGCUCACGAGAUUAUCCGUCAUUCUGAUGGACCUGGAGAUGCCAGAAAUGGAUGGCUUAACUUGUAUCGCUCGAAUCAGGGAGCUUGAAGCAAAAGGAGUGCUUCGGUGGCAUGUCCCAGCCAUAGCCGUGACAGCAAAUGUCAGAGCAGAGCAGGUCACAAUUGCCAGAAACAGUGGUAUGGACGAUAUCGUGUCAAAGCCAUUCCGCAUUGCUGAGCUGGUUGGAAGGAUCGAGGCUUUAGUGUCAGCCAAUCGCCACCCCGCCCGGUGA